AUGUUUAUUAUUAGAUACUAUUCAUUUUUGUUCAUUUGUGUUCUUUUGUCAUUUAAUAUUAAUGAAAAAAUAUUAGCAGCAUCAUUUAAAAGAAAUUUUGUUAUUAGUACAUACAGAAAUGGUGAAUAUUUAAAUUCACUACCAGGACAAGGAUACAUGACGUACGAAUUACAAGAUUAUGGAAUUCCAAUUGUUGAUAAUUCAGGACUAAAUAGUUAUGGUAUGCGCAAAAAAUAUGACCGUAAUUGUUUUUUUUCACCAGUUCAAUGUAUGACUUCUUUUAGUAAUUCUCCAUUAGAUGUUCAAGUUGGAUGGGGAAGAGUAUAA